UAUUAAAUAAACAAACAAAACUCAAGACUUGGAGGGUAGUGCCACUUGGCAGAGCAUCGAUUGAUGCGCCGGCUUCCAGGGCUUUUGACUUUAUUCUGGCCGGCGACCAGCCAGCCAGCGUACAAAGAACAUCAGCCCAAGCCACCUGAAAAUCAAAUACAAACUAACCAAAAUAAAAUUAGAUUUUUAUAAUUGAAUUCCCAACAAUACACCCAACACAAAAAAGAAAAAACUAGUUCUUGAGUUGCUCCAAGCCCAAGAGAGAACACAGAAACCCUGUAAAGUACUUCCUUUUGUUUGCUUUGCUUUCUUUCUUCUUCUAUUUUGUCUCUUUUCCCUUUUUUCAACUCCAAAAUCCCUCUUUUUCAACGAAAGAGUUGGGCAUCAGCUAACAAUUCACAAACCCAGAGCGUCCUCCAAAACCCAAUCAUCCGAUCUUGCUUUUUUGUUAAUGAUAUUGGCCCAGAUUCUUGCUUAUGACGUUUGGUCACUGUCGGCUUCUCCUAAUUGAUCAGCGAGAUUGGUGGUGGGCUAAGUACUUGUCUCAUUCUUGAAGAUACUCACGGGUUUUCCAUGGACAGAGCCCUCUCUUUAAUCCAGACCUGUACGUCUUUUUCAUCUCCUCCUUACAACAAUUCUCUUUCUCUGCUCUAUCUCUGUGUUUCUCUGUGUUUCUUCUUUUCGGUUUGGUGGGUGGGUGUUGAAGAAUGAGUCAACUCAGUGUCAUAUUGCAGGAAACGGUGCGUCGAGAGAGGGAAGCAAGAACUGUUCUUGAAAUUCUGAGGGAACAAAUGGACGAUACGGAUGGAGCGAGCGGCGGGAGGAGGACCUUCAAGCAACGGCUCAGAUUGAAUGGGUUUGGCUGCUGUGGGGCCGCCUGGGUUUUUGGACGAACGGCGGCGAUAAGCGUAAGAGAUGGCGAUGAGGACGACCAAGAACCACAAAACCAUCAUCAGCAACAUCAUCUACCACUACCACCACAACAACGAGUUGUAAGUGUGGUGGGCCAGGCUCAAACGGUCAACAAUUGGGAUCCGGAUUGCGUGGGUCCGAUUUCGACUGGGUCGGGCAUGAACUUGGCUGCAGCCUUAGCAGCCGAGCGUCAGUUUCGGGCACCGCAAGAAUCGGACGGAGGAGGGUCGGUGGUGGGGCCCGCGGGUGACGGAAGUGCGGGAGUAACGGUACCUGGCACGCCGACGAGAGUGUCGUUGAUGAGAUUGCUGGAGGAAACGGAAGUGGACGGCUGUGAUGCGUUUGGUGGUGCGACGACAGAGAGCGACAAAGCAGAGGGAGGGGUGGGCAAUGAUACGGUGUGCUGCGUGUGCAUGGGUAGGAAGAAAGGUGCAGCUUUCAUCCCAUGUGGGCACACCUUUUGCAGAGUGUGUUCGAGGGAGGUGUGGUUGAAUCGAGGGUCUUGUCCCCUCUGCAACCGUUCGAUCCUCGAGAUCCUCGAUAUAUUCUAAGAUGGUUUGAUGAUCAACAAUACUACAUUGAUGCGAUUGGGAGAUGCCUCGAGAUUCGUGUGAUUGUUCAAAGUCUUGAUGGCGGAGUUUUCAAUCGCAGAAAUAUAUUCAUUCAAUUGAAUUGUUCAAAUGUAAUUGUUUUUACUCUA